GUCUUACUGUAGAUGUAGCAUCUGAGACUCGCAGGCUACUGCAAAGAGUCUUCACUGGAGAUCCGCUGUGUGUUUAUGAGGCGUGACAGGUCUCUUAAUGUAACUUCUGAUUUUAAAGUUGAAAGAAAUUCUUAAAACAGUGAUUCUGCAAAAUGGAAAUUCGAAUCACAAAUAUUUUAAGAAUGUACACCAACAAACGUCAGAUUUAUCGCUGCAUUGGUCUCAUGUUCCUCUUGUCAGUAGUGAUGUUUACUGUCAUCCAGAUUGAACAUAUGAGCUUACAAAAUGACUCCGAGAGAAAGAGAAUUGAAAGACAGACGCAAAUAGACAAAGAAAUCGACCUGCAAAAUAACAGCAUCCACACCUUUUGGGAAAACUUCAGUACGGAGCAAAGAAUGGAAUUGCUCACAGAACAUCCCAAAGAACCCACAACAUGGGAUAUCAUCAGCUCCAACUGCAGCGCAAACCUCAGUUUGUUAUCCACAGAAGGGUUCACAAGUCUUGAUUCCGAUUUUAAGCAAUUUAUGCUGUACAAGCAUUGCCGUUACUUUCCUAUUCUCAUGAAUCACCCAGAGAAGUGUGACGGAGAUGUGGACUUAUUAAUGGUCAUCAAGUCUGUGAUAACACAAUAUGAUCGCAGAGAGGUGAUAAGACAAACUUGGGGCAAAGAGCAGACUAUCGGUGGGAAAAAUAUCAAGAUCCUUUUCCUCCUUGGGACAUCUUCCAAAGAAGGAGAGACAGCCAACCAUCAAAAACUUCUGGAAUAUGAAAAUUAUAUCUAUGAGGACAUUCUUCAAUGGGACUUCAUGGAUAGCUUCUUCAACCUCACCCUAAAGGAGAUUCACUUCUUGAAAUGGUUCUCCAUCUUCUGCAAAAACACCCGCUACAUCUACAAAGGAGAUGAUGACGUGUUUGUCAACGUUCCCAACAUCUUGGAAUAUGUGGAGGGAGGCAAAGACUUGAAAGACCAUUUUGUGGGUGAUGUUCUUUUUAAAGCUUAUCCCAUUCGCCAUAAGGCGAACAAGUACUACAUCCCUAAAGUCUUGUAUGAAAAGAACUACUACCCACCAUAUGCUGGUGGAGGUGGUUUCUUGAUGGAUGGUCCUCUUGCACAUAAACUCUACGGAGCAUGUGAAACUCUGCAACUUUAUCCCAUUGAUGAUGUGUUUCUUGGGAUGUGUCUAGAAGUGCUUCAGGUAAAACCAGUUCAUCACAAUGCAUUCAAAACCUUUGGGAUUGUAAGGAAUAAAGCCAGUAAGAUGAAUAGGGAGCCGUGCUUUUUUAGGCAAUUGAUAGUCGUACAUAAACUGCUCCCACCAGAUCUGAUCAACAUGUGGAGGCUGAUCAAUAGUGACUUAGUUUGCUCAAAGAAAUUGUGAAAAGAAAAUGUAUUGCAAGUCUGUGAUUAAUCACAAAUAAUCAUUUUUAGUGUAAAGUGAUAUGUCUUAACAUUUUCAACUGUGUUAGUCGUUUGAGCAUAAACAUGGCUACAAAGUUACUGGUAAUAGGCUUUCUAUAUCCAAAAUCCAUUUAGUUUUUGUUGGUGCAAUUUCACAAGACUCAAAUGUCGUAAUAUGUGACUACUGCUCUGUAUCCAAGUCAAGGCCACAAAGUGCUGUGACACAAUCUCUUGUUUGCUUUCAAUAAAUAAUGUGAUUUUAAAGAA